AUGCCUCUCGGCUUCGAGCGCCUCAACGAGCGCAGCCAACGCCCUAACCCACUUAUCAAUUUCAUCAAACCCCUCGACACUCCACACAAGAAGACAUCCGAAGAGUUCCUCUCCCGUAUCGCAGCACAAUGCUAUCCCAUCAUGAAGAAGCACCACAUCUCCGUCAUGGCCUUGGAGGAGUACGAGCCGAACCCAGAAUUCCUCGGGCGCAACUUCAACGCCGGCGAAGUCAUACAGCUCGUGCUCAAGGACAAACAGGGUAGAUGGUUGAGCAUGGAGUUCGUGCAGAUGGUCAUGAUGCAUGAGCUGGCGCAUUGCAAGCAGAUGAAUCACAGCCGGUCCUUUUGGGGUGUCAGGAACGAGUAUGCGAAGCAGAUGGAGGAGCUGUGGGCGCAGAAGUAUAUGGGCGAGGGCAUGUGGGGUCGAGGUAGAGGUCUGGAGACAGGGGAGUGGCUUAAUGCCGCUGCACCGGAUAACAGUCCAAUACCGGAGCAUUUGUGUGGUGGGAGCUAUAGGCGGCGAGGCAAGAAGCGGAAGCGCGGUCAGCAGGGUGGCAGUGAUGAGCCGGAGAAGCUGAGCUAUGCCGAGAGACAGCAGAAGAGGAUUGCAAGGAAAUUCGGCAAGCAUGGCGUGUCGAUGGAAGGGCAAUCACUAGGCGACGAUGAACUGUUGAGAGGUGCAUUGGAGACCAUGAAUGGAGGCAAGAGAGGGACCGGCAAGCCGAGAGUGGCCAACAGCAAACGUGGGAGAGAGCUCCGAGCUGCGGCCGCUUUGGCAAGGUUCGACCAGGAGAAGAGCAAGCCACCUGAGAAGACGCCAGAUCUCGAGGACGAUCUGGACUCCGAGACUGAGUCAGAGUGGGAAGGCGAUGACGACGGAGACGCUGUGGUUAUUAGCGAUGGCCACGGGCAUGAUCUCGUCAAGGUCUGCGGUGAGGGAGAAGAUGAAGAGGAAGACGCAGGCAGGGAAAUGGAUGAGCUGCGGAUGCUCAGUGCAGGGGCGAAAGGCAAGAUUGGCACGAAGCAAGCCUCUGGCCGCGGAAAAGCUCCCCCGAUGAAAGGUCAAGCUGGAUACGAAGACUCAGAGACCGAGAGCGAAGCUGACGACGAUCCUGUCGAGAGCGCUCCGGAUGGCGAUAGCCAAAGCUUCCUGGGAGAUCCCGAGGUUACCAGUGAAGCGGACAGGUCACAGCCAGCACCUCCCUCACACCCCAGCGAAGUCGCCAACGACAGUCUACCUGCAUCUCAAGUGGAGUUGCUGCGUGAAUUGGACAAUGGAGAUGAACAGAACACUUCAGAAGCCGAGAGCGCAGCGCCUACGGACCAGACCACGAACAAUACUCGUCAGGGAACAGCCGCCCAACCACAAGCAUGUCCCAUCUGCUCCCUGGAGAACGAAGCUGGUGCGCCUACCUGUAUGGCAUGCUCAAACGUCCUACGACCGAAGCUCGUACCCAAUAGCUGGCGCUGCAAGAGUGACACUUGCAAGGAGAGCACAUACAUCAACGCUGGCGAUGUCGGGCGAUGUGGCUUGUGUGGAGCGCAGAAGCCGAAGAUGAUGGACUCGACGUCUAGCGGAAAUGGAAGUGACAGGCCCAUGGGGUUUACACGACCUGAAGUGCUACGAUGGGAUUAG